AUGAGAAGGCGGGAUUGGGUGGGGCGAACCAUCUGCCGAGAGGGGCGGGGGAGGGGGGGAGCAGCGUGCCGACAGCUGCAGUGCAGAGGCGGACGCGGCCAUCUCCUCAUAGGGGGAGGCGGGGCGGCCCCAGGUGAGGGGCCGGGCAGGGGGCGCGGGGUGGCGGCGGCGGAAGAGGCUCCGCGGGUCAGGAGCCCGGCGGUCGAGCCCGUCUCAGGCGAGCAGAUAAAUGGCUCAUUUAAAUUGGGAGCUACUAAAAUACUCUCUGGCUGGCAAAUGCAGUGCCUAGCAGCAGUCAUCAAGGACGAACCAAACAUGAGUGGAGGAGGGGAGCAGGUCGACAUCCUUCCGGCCAAUUAUGUGGUCAAAGAUCGCUGGAAAGUGUUGAAGAAGAUCGGUGGUGGAGGCUUUGGGGAGAUUUAUGAGGCAAUGGAUCUGCUUACCCGGGAGAAUGUGGCCUUGAAGGUGGAAUCAGCUCAGCAACCCAAGCAAGUUCUCAAGAUGGAAGUAGCUGUGCUGAAGAAGCUGCAAGGGAAGGAUCAUGUUUGCAGAUUUAUCGGCUGUGGAAGAAAUGAAAAAUUUAAUUAUGUAGUCAUGCAACUUCAGGGCCGAAAUCUUGCAGAUCUCAGAAGAAGUCAGCCUCGAGGGACCUUUACAUUGAGCACAACGCUACGAUUAGGCAAACAGAUUCUGGAGUCGAUAGAAGCCAUUCACUCUGUGGGAUUCCUGCAUCGUGACAUCAAACCUUCCAAUUUUGCCAUGGGCCGGUUACCUUCAACAUACAGGAAAUGCUACAUGUUAGACUUCGGCCUGGCCCGUCAGUAUACCAACACCACUGGUGAAGUCAGGCCACCUCGCAACGUUGCUGGUUUUCGAGGAACGGUCCGUUACGCUUCAGUGAAUGCACAUAAAAACCGAGAGAUGGGUAGGCAUGAUGAUCUGUGGUCCCUCUUCUACAUGUUGGUGGAGUUUGCAGUUGGUCAGCUUCCAUGGAGAAAGAUCAAAGAUAAGGAGCAAGUUGGCAUGAUAAAAGAAAAGUAUGAACAUCGAAUGCUGUUAAAACACAUGCCUUCGGAGUUCCACCUUUUUCUGGAUCAUAUUGCAAGCUUAGACUACUUCACCAAGCCAGACUAUCAGCUAAUCAUGUCCGUGUUUGAGAACAGUAUGAAAGAAAGAGGCAUCACUGAAAAUGAAGCUUUUGACUGGGAGAAGGCUGGUACAGAUGUCUUGUUGUCCACUAGCACUUCUACUCCACCACAGCAAAACACCAGGCAAACAGCAGCCAUGUUUGGGGUGGUUAAUGUCACUCCAGUACCAGGAGAUUUGCUUCGUGAGAACACCGAGGAUGUCCUACAGGGUGAACAUCUGAGUGAUCAAGAGAAUGCUCCUCCCAUCCUGUCAGGCCGGCCAGCAGAAGGUCUUGGUCAGACACCAAACACUGCUUUCAAUGAGGCUGAAGUUUGGGAAGAGACAGAUGUGAAUCGCAACAAACUCAGGAUCAGCAUCAGCAAAACUCAGUGCAUGGUGGAAGAAGAUCAGAGAAAUGGGGUCUGUCCCAGCUCCCCUGUCCGAGUGCCUCCAGAGUCCCCUACCGCACAAGCGCGCUCCCUGCGAUAUCGCCGUGUGAACAGCCCUGAGUCAGAACGCCUCUCUACAGCCGAUGGCAAAGCAGAUCUACAUGAAAGAAGAUCACGAAUGGAUUUGCCUGGCUCUCCAUCACGGCUUGUGUGCUCCUCCCAGCCAGCCCAGAUGCUGUCCAUUGACACUGGCCAGGCUGACCGGCAGGCAAGCGGUCGGAUGGAUGUGUCUGCUUCAGUGGAACAUGAAGCCCUCAGCAAUGCUUUCCGCUCAGUGCCGCUUGCGGAGGAGGAGGACUUUGAUAGCAAGGAGUGGGUUAUCAUUGAUAAGGAGACAGAGCUGAAGGACUUUCAUCCAGGUGCUGAGCCAAGCACCUCUGGUACCACAGAUGAGGAGCCUGAGGAGCUAAGACCUAUUGAAGACGGUGAGGAGAGAAGGCGCUUGGGCGCAGAUGCUGCAGUCAGGCCGAAGACUCACGAUGGGCGAAGUCGGGGUAUGCAGCCUGUGACUGAGGAGGACAGUUCCCACAGACAUGAAGGACCUUCUCAAACAGUAUCUGACAGUAAACAUGAACAGCAGACAGGAAGUCCAGCCCACUCCCCCCUACACUCAGCACCAGCUAUCCGACAAAGGAGACGAGAAUCUGAACCUACUGGUCCUCAGAGACAGGCAUAUACACUGAAGUCGUUUGAAAUGAAUGGUCUGCCCAAGGCGGUGCCUUUAAGUUUGCCUUAUCAGGACUUCAGAAAAGACAUGUUAGAGUACUGGGAAAAGGCUAAGUUAUCCCAGCGGAUAAAGAGAGUUGAUUUCUCAAAUGUUGUCUUGACUGCUCCUUGCAAACCCCUGGAGCCUUACCUGGAAAUGAAUGGCAAAGAGGAGGAGGAAGAGGAUGAAGAAGAAGAUGAAGAUGAGGAAGAAGAUGAAGAGGAUGUGGAGGAGGAAGGGGAUGAAAUUGACAUGCACAGUGGUUCCAGCAGUGAUCUGAGUCAAAAAAGCACAGAGCGCAGCCAGGAGUGCGCACCAUCCACUCUCCUGGCUGAUGACCAGAAGGGAUCCAAGGGUCGAGCUUCCAUGGCUGAUGGGGACUUGGAACUGGAGGAGGGCUCAAAAACACUGGUGCUGUUUUCACCAGGUGAUCUGAAAAAAUCUCCAGUGACCACAGACUUGCCUCCAGAAGUUGAUCUGGGGACACUUGCUGCACUGACACCUCAGAGCGAACGGCCGCAGCCAAUGGGUAGCCAACUAGACGUGUCUGAGCCAGGGACCCUGUCCUCAGUCCUUAAAUCUGAACCAAAGCCUCCCGUGGCAGUGGCUACAGCUUCCUCCCCAUUUACCAAAGUCGAGCGCACAUUUGUUCAUAUAGCAGAAAAGACCCACCUAAAUGUCAUGUCUUCCAGCGGCCAGCUGAUGAGGCAUGAGGAAUACUGCCCUCCGGGACAGUUUGAAGAGGUCAUUAUUGAAGAGGAGCUGGAAGACAAUCUGGCGUUGGUAGAGAACGGAAGCAUCCAUUCGGGAUUAGAAGGGGCAGAGACAGAGAGCUGUGCACUUUCUGCUAAUCCCAUUGAAACCACCUCAGAAACAGUGGGGGAGCAGCUGUCAGUCCCCAAUGUAGCAAAGCCUCCUGAAGAUAAGGCAGAGUCCUCUGACAAUGUGGCACUCUCGCUGGAUUUGGAAGAGUCUGCCAAGGUGGUCACGAGAGAGCCUGACCUUGAGAAGCCAGCAUCGGUAGCGGAACACCUGAAGCCAGCAGAGACCCUCCCUGAUGCUCCACAGCAGGGCCCCAGGAGACCUCUGGGCUCCAGGUAUAGAAGUCGGAUCCCCAUUUUAUUCUCUGAGGAGGACACAGGCUCAGAUCUUUCAACUUCACUCUCAGCCAAAGAGAGGCUUUAUAAGAGGGCAAAGCAACCUGAUCUGGCUCGUUUAGUGAUGGAGAAGAGACAAAACUGCCUCCUUAGGCUGGCUUCGGGGGCCUCCUCCUCAGCAUCCUCCAGUGACGAGAGGCGGCGGGCCUCAGAAACCCUGUCAGCCACUGGUUCUGAGGAGGACACCCAUGACUCUGAUGACUCCAUCCCAAGAAAGGCGGGGAAGAAAGCUGCCCUCCUGGGGAGAGAAGAGAAACUCCUAAGCACAAGGAGCAGAAUUCCUCGGCCCAUCACACCUGUGAAAACACCGCUGGAGACAAUGAAGUCUGAGAGCUCCACAGCCGUUGUGAUGGCAGUGCUUUCCCCGCAGGAUGCAGCUGUUGCCUACAGGCUCCAGGCACAGAGAGCAGCUGGAAGUGUCCCAAACGACUACCGAGCAAUGCAGAUACAAAGCCGGCUUCCUCCUUCACCAAGUUCCACGUCUCUUCCUCCACGGAGCAGCACGCAGAGGUCCAGCUACUCAUCCCCUCGGAGCCCUGUCCUUCCUUCCAAAACCCCCACUGCUUCCCCAAGAAGCCAGUUGUUGCCUCGGAGGGAAAGCCCUUCUCCCUGCAGGCAGCAUAAGCCAGGGACUGCUCUCCAGCGAGUUCCACCUUCCCCCCGACCUCAGCCCCAGGCUCAGGCCCUGGGACCAACAGGAGACUCCCUGCCCUCUCCCGGCACGGCCAAAAAACGGCAAAGAGGAAAAACCCAGACUCAGAGUCCAGCAACCAAAGGAAAGCAGGUGUCCCUGGAAAGUAAGGCAGCUGCCAGAUAAUGAUCUUCUGCCAACCCAACAGACUGGGUAACUUCUGCAUAUAGUAUACACUUGAGAUGCUGCAGCACAGCCUUCCAUGCCGGAACCACGAGUGUAUAGCAGUAGCUGUACUUCAAUGCUUCACUCACUCUCACCCCACACAGUUGUGAUCAGCUCCCACAGGCCUGAGAGCCUCUGAGCCACAGAGCCUUCUUCGAGGGAAACAUCCAGUCCGCAGCUCACGCUUGCUAAUGCACAGCGACCCUGGCAGCCUGCCUAGUGCCUGACCCCCUACUCCCCAGGCAAUCCCCUCUCUCUGUUGGCAAUACCUGUCGCCAAUACUGACCCUGGCUUUGGAAAGAGGAGUGGAAGUGAUGAGAGCCUGCUGGGGAGGAAGGCUCCUGUCCUGCAGGCAGCCCUUGCUCUCUCUUUGCUGGGAAAACACCAGCCCUGGCUGCCAACAGCUGAGUGUUGGCUCCUCUCCUGCAACCUGUGUUAGUGAGGGCUUGUCACCAGCCCAGCUCAGAUGGGUGUGUUGUCGUGCGCUGAGAAAAGGGCAGGAGAGGGCUGGAGGAGCUUUGCUCUCCUUUUUCCACAAGGGCCUCUGCAGGCAGGAGUGGGGCAAAGGCUGCCCUUGUAGAUGCUCCUGCCUGCUCCAGGGUGUCCUGCAGAGCUGUUUCAGCAGCUGCUUGUGGGGCAGGUAUUGAGUUGAAAGUAGGGAUGUAUGGGCAGCUUGCUGGGAAAUCCAGAGCGCUAGCAUGUGCUGUGGAAGGGAGCACUCUGCAGCCACUUCUGUCUCAGAUACCGAACUGUGACCUGUGGCAACCCCAUCUUCUGACAUGGGUGGUUCUUCUCAGCCUGAGUGUGGUUGGUGCCACGGUUCUGUAGGCCACCCAAACACAGUUCCAUCCUGAAGAUGUGAAUAGUCACUGGAUGCCUUCAGCUCGGGUGCCCCCUGCACCUAAAUUCCUUGUGCUUUAUUGUCACGUUCUUGGUGUUUGUGAAUUUUGGCACUGUCGUUGAAGGUUCCCUUACACAGCGGGAGGGAAGUAAUUAUCCUGUAGUAUACUCUAAAGCUGCUGCUUUGCAAGGAGAGUUUUGCCGGUAUGCUGUGGGUAUCCUGUGCAUUUCUCAUCGGGAUAUCGGGUCUGUGUCCUUCUCAUGCUCAGCUCUUCCACGCAUUGCCUAACAACCAACAAUGUGAACACAAAAGCAAGGGCUGUGCUCUUAAAUAAUAUUACCAAAACAUAAGCUUAGCUCUCACUGAGUACGCCAACUUUUUAGCUAUCCAGCUAAUUAGGGUGGUUUGAAAAUUCAAGCCAGGAGGACUGGUAAUUGCCAGAGCCUGAUAAGAUCUUGAAAUGGUCACAAAUUCUUCCCUGCAUUGCAUAGGGGGAAACAAUAUAGACCCAAAUCCUUGGGGCUUCAUGC